AUGGUCCAGCUGUCUCCCAUGAUGCAGGUCUUCAUCUCAGCUCACCCUUCACUCAAAGGAACCACCUCUGGUUUGUGUGGGAACUUCAACAACAAAAUGAGUGAUGAUUUCAGGGUGAUGAAUGGGCUGGUGGAGGGUACUGCUGCAGCCUUUGCCAACACUUGGAAAACCAGAGCCAAUUGCCCUGAUGUCACCUCACGCUUUGGACACCCCUGUAGCCAGGGCAUCAGCAAGGAGAGUUAUGCCCAGUACUGGUGCUCCAAGUUAACAGAUCCCAAGGGAGUGUUUGCUCGUUGCCACUCUGUCAUCAGUCCUGACAUAUACAAAGAUAACUGCAUGUAUGACAGCUGUAACUGUGAGAAAAGUGAGGACUGCAUGUGUACUGCAGUGUCCUCCUAUGUCUAUGCCUGUUCAGCAGCAGGAAUCCAUAUCACCGGCUGGAGGGCAACCAUCUGUGGUAAAUUCAGCACAUCUUGUCCUGCUGGAUCAGUGUAUGACUACAAAAUGACCAGCUGUGGUCGUACCUGCCAUUCCCUCAGUCAGGUUGACUACUCCUGCCAGACCAGCUUCACCACAGUGGAUGGCUGUGGCUGUGCCGAGGGAACCUAUAUGAACGAGGAAGGCCAGUGUGUGGCCAAGACAAGCUGUCCCUGCUAUGAUAAAGAUACCAUUAUUCCUGCUGGACAGGCUAUCACCAAAGAUGGCGCCACAUGCAUCUGCAGACAAGGAGCUCUCAGCUGCUCAGGAGGGAAACGACCACAAUCCUCUACAACAUGCAUUUCCCCCAUGGUUUACUUUGACUGCUCCACUGCUCAGCCUGGGACAACUGGGACUGAGUGUCAGAAGAGCUGCAACUCUCUGGACAUGGGUUGUAUCAGUACUGGCUGUAUAUCAGGCUGCAUGUGCCCUGAUGGCCUGGUGUCAGAUGGAUCAGGAGGUUGUAUCAAAGAGACCAACUGUCCAUGUCUGCACAAUGGACAGGUGUACCAGCCUGGACAGACGCUGACUGUGGACUGCAACACCUGCUAUUGCAGUGGCAAGACAUUCAGAUGUACCACCAACGUGUGUGAUGCAGUUUGUGGGAUCUAUGGUGAUGGCCACUACACCACAUUUGAUGAUAAGAGGUUUGACUUCAAUGGACAGUGUGAAUAUACACUCCUCCAGGACUACUGUGGUUCUAGUCAGGGCAGUGGAAGCUUCCGAAUUAUCACUGAGAAUGUUCCAUGUGGGAGCACAGGAACCACCUGCUCCAAGACCAUCAAGAUUUUUGUUGGGGAUAAUGAAUUCCAGCUUAAAGAUGAGAACUUCCAGGUGGUAAAGGGCAGCAGCCAGGUGUUACCUUCUCAGUUACAGAAGAUGGGUAUUUAUCUGGUAUUGACGGUCAAACCAGGACUUGUGCUCAUGUGGGACCAGAAGACCAGUCUUUUUAUUAAACUCAGUCCAAAGUAUGAGGGUAAAGUAUGUGGUCUGUGUGGAAACUACGAUGGUAACAGUAAGAAUGACUUCACCACACGCUCCCAGGAGACAGUAGCAGAUGUUUUACAAUUUGGCAAUAGUUGGAAAGCUUCAUCCAGUUGCCCCAAUGCCCAACUCCUCACUGACCCCUGUGCUUCCAACCGCUACCGGGCAGCCUGGUCCCAGAAACAGUGUAGCAUCAUCACCAGUGCCACCUUCAAGAGCUGUCAUUCAAAGGUUGACCCAGGGCCAUUCUUCGAUUCUUGUGUGAGAGACUCUUGUGCUUGUGACACCGGUGGGGACUGUGAGUGUCUCUGCACUGCUGUGGCUGCCUACGCCAAAGUUUGUAAUGAAGCUGGAGCGUGUGUGAAAUGGAGAACUCCCAAGCUGUGCCCUAUUUUCUGUGACUACUAUAACUCCCCUGAUGGCUGUGAGUGGCACUACAAGCCUUGUGGCGCUGACUGCAUGAAGACAUGUAGGAAUCCAUCAGGAAACUGUUCCAACUUCAUCAAUGCCCUGGAAGGCUGCUAUCCACAGUGUCCUCCAACCCAGCCAUUCUUUGAUGAAGACACAAUGAAGUGUGUCACCUGGGGCCAAUGUGGCUGCUAUGAUGACAAAGGCACCCAUUACAGCAUUGGAGAGAAGGUUCCGUCAGACGAAUGUACCACUUGCUCCUGCACAGUCUCUGGAAUAAGGUGCAACUACGAUGUGAACUUUUGCACAUGCUUCAUUAAUGGAAAAAUCUACAAAUAUGGGGCUACCGUCUACAACACAACGGAUGGAUUAGGACACUGCAUCACAGCUGUGUGCGGGCCAAAUGGCACCAUAAUCAGAAACAUCUUCCCAUGCUUAACCACGACCACUGCUGUCCCGACAACAACUCCCUUUAGAUUCAGCACGGCUAUAAACACAACGCCAGGUAAAGCUUUUUGGGCGCUGCAUGAUAUGAAACAAUGUAAAAUAUUGAAUGAAAAGGGAAAUUUAACAGAAAAGAAUGCAUCUGAAAUUAUUGUUAGUAUAAAACUUUUAAAAUAAUUCACGAAGUGAUUUUUUGGAACUUUUAUUGCAGGUGUAACCACAGAGGAAAUCACAACCAUACCUGGAGAAACAACCAUAUCAGAGGAAACAACAAUACAGGUUGAGACAACAAAACCACCGAAAAUAGUCACCACUGGCCCAGUCACAACUGCCACCACUGGUGUUGUUGAAACUACAACUUCAUUCCCAGGGGAAACAACCAAGAGUCAAGAAACAACAGUGGUUACAUCCAAACCCUCUAUUGUUACCACCACUACAAAACGACCAUCAAUAACGACAAAAGGAACUACCACCAAACCUGGAGAAACAACCAUAUCAGAGGAAACAACAAUACAGGUUGAGACAACAAAACCACCUAAAAUAGUCACCACUGGCCCAGUCACAACUGCCACCACUAGUGUUGUUGAAACUACAACUUCAUUCCCAGGGGAAACAACCAAGAGUCAAGAAACAACAGUUGUUACAUCCAAACCCUCUAUUAUUACCACCACUACAAAACGACCAUCAAUAACUACGAAAGGAAGCACCACCAAACCUGAAGAAACAACCAUAUCAGAGGAAACAACAAUAAAAGUUGAGACAACAAAACCACCUAAAAUAGUCACCACUGGCCCAGUCACAACCGCCACCACUGGUGUUGUUGAAACUACAACUUCAUUCCCAGGGGAAACAACGGAGGGUGAAGAAUUAAUAGUGGUUACCACCAAACCCUCUAUUAUUACCACCACUACAAAAAGACCAUCAAUAACAACAAAAGGAAGUACCACUAAACCUGGAGAAACAACCAUAUCAGAGGAAACAACAAUAAAGGUUGAGACAACAAAGCCACCUAAAAUAGUCACCACUGGCCCAGUCACAACCGCCACCACUAGUGUUGUUGAAACUACAACUUCAUUCCCAGGGGAAACAACCAAGAGUCAAGAAACAACAGUGGUUACAUCCAAACCCUCUAUUAUUACCACCACUACAAAACGACCAUCAAUAACUACGAAAGGAACUACCACCAAACCUGGAGAAACAACCAUAUCAGAGGAAACAACAAUAAAAGUUGAGACAACAAAGCCACCUAAAAUAGUCACCACUGGCCCAGUCACAACCGCCACCACUGGUGUUGUUGAAACUACAACUUCAUUCACAGGGGAAACAACGGAGGGUGAAGAAUUAAUAGUGGUUACCACCAAACCCUCUAUUAUUACCACCACUACAAAAAGACCAUCAAUAACGACAAAAGGAAGUACCACCAAACCUGGAGAAACAACCAUAUCAGAGGAAACAACAAUAAAGGUUGAGACAACAAAACCACCUAAAAUAGUCACCACUGGCCCAGUCACAACCGCCACCACCGGUGUUGUUGAAACUACAACUUCAUUCCCAGGGGAAACAACCAAGAGUCAAGAAACAACAGUGGUUACAUCCAAAACUACCACCAAACCUGAAGAAACAACCAUAUCAGAGGAAACAACAAUACAGGUUGAGACAACAAAACCACCAAAAAUAGUCACCACUGGCCCAGUCACAACCGCCACCACUACUGCUGUUGAAACUACAACUUCAUUCCCAGGGGAAACAACCAAGAGUCAAGAAACAACAGUGGUUACAUCCAAGCCCUCUCUUGUUACCACCACUACAAAACGACCAUCAAUAACGACAAAAGGAACUACCACCAAACCUGGAGAAACAACCAUAUCAGAGGAAACAACAAUACAGGUUGAGACAACAAAACCACCGAAAAUAGUCACCACUGGCCCAGUCACAACUGCCACCACUGGUGUUGUUGAAACUACAACUUCAUUCCCAGGGGAAACAACCAAGAGUCAAGAAACAACAGUGGUUACAUCCAAACCCUCUAUUGUUACCACCACUACAAAACGACCAUCAAUAACGACAGAAGGAACUACCACCAAACCUGGAGAAACAACCAUAUCAGAAGAAACAACAAUACAGGUUGAGACAACAAAACCACCGAAAAUAGUCACCACUGGCCCAGUCACAACUGCCACCACUGGUGUUGUUGAAACUACAACUUCAUUCCCAGGGGAAACAACCAAGAGUCAAGAAACAACAGUGGUUACAUCCAAGCCCUCUAUUGUUACCACCACUACAAAACGACCAUCAAUAACGACAAAAGGAACUACCACCAAACCUGGAAAAACAACCAUAUCAGAGGAAACAACAAUACAGGUUGAGACAACAAAACCACCUAAAAUAGUCACCACUGGCCCAGUCACAACUGCCACCACUGGUGUUGUUGAAACUACAACUUCAUUCCCAGGGGAAACAACCAAGAGUCAAGAAACAACAGUGGUUACAUCCAAACCCUCUAUUGUUACCACCACUACAAAACGACCAUCAAUAACGACAGAAGGAACUACCACCAAACCUGGAGAAACAACCAUAUCAGAGGAAACAACAAUACAGGUUGAGACAACAAAACCACCUAAAAUAGUCACCACUGGCCCAGUCACAACUGCCACCACUAGUGUUGUUGAAACUACAACUUCAUUCCCAGGGGAAACAACCAAGAGUCAAGAAACAACAUUGGUUACAUCCAGACCCUCUAUUGUUACCACCACUACAAAACGACCAUCAAUAACGACAGAAGGAACUACCACCAAACCUGAAGAAACAACCAUAUCAGAGGAAACAACAAUACAGGUUGAGACAACAAAACCACCAAAAAUAGUCACCACUGGCCCAGUCACAACCGCCACCACUACUGUUGUUGAAACUACAACUUCAUUCCCAGGGGAAACAACCAAGAGUCAAGAAACAACAGUGGUUACAUCCAAGCCCUCUCUUGUUACCACCACUACAAAACGACCAUCAAUAACGACAAAUGGAACUACCACCAAACCUGGAGAAACAACCAUAUCAGAGGAAACAACAAUACAGGUUGAGACAACAAAACCACCGAAAAUAGUCACCACUGGCCCAGUCACAACUGCCACCACUGGUGUUGUUGAAACUACAACUUCAUUCCCAGGGGAAACAACCAAGAGUCAAGAAACAACAGUGCUUACAUCCAAACCCUCUAUUGUUACCACCACUACAAAACGACCAUCAAUAACGACAGAAGGAACUACCACCAAACCUGAAGAAACAACCAUAUCAGAGGAAACAACAAUAAAGGUUGAGACAACAAAACCACCUAAAAUAGUCACCACUGGCCCAGUCACAACCGCCACCACUAGUGUUGUUGAAACUACAACUUCAUUCCCAGGGGAAACAACCAAGAGUCAAGAAACAACAGUGGUUACAUCCAAACCCUCUAUUGUUACCACCACUACAAAACGACCAUCAAUAACGACAGAAGGAACUACCACCAAACCUGAAGAAACAACCAUAUCAGAGGAAACAACAAUACAGGUUGAGACAACAAAACCACCAAAAAUAGUCACCACUGGCCCAGUCACAACCGCCACCACUACUGUUGUUGAAACUACAACUUCAUUCCCAGGGGAAACAACCAAGAGUCAAGAAACAACAGUGGUUACAUCCAAGCCCUCUAUUGUUACCACCACUACAAAACGACCAUCAAUAACGACAAAAGGAACUACCACCAAACCUGGAGAAACAACCAUAUCAGAGGAAACAACAAUACAGGUUGAGACAACAAAACCUCCGAAAAUAGUCACCACUGGCCCAGUCACAACUGCCACCACUGGUGUUGUUGAAACUACAACUUCAUUCCCAGGGGAAACAACCAAGAGUCAAGAAACAACAGUGGUUACAUCCAAACCCUCUAUUGUUACCACUACUACAAAACGACCAUCAAUAACGACAAAAGGAACUACCACCAAACCUGGAGAAACAACCAUAUCAGAAGAAACAACAAUACAGGUUGAGACAACAAAACCACCGAAAGUAGUCACCACUGGCCCAGUCACAACUGCCACCACUGGUGUUGUUGAAACUACAACUUCAUUCCCAGGGGAAACAACCAAGAGUCAAGAAACAACAGUGGUUACAUCAAAGCCCUCUAUUGUUACCACCACUACAAAACGACCAUCAAUAACGACAAAAGGAACUACCACCAAACCUGGAGAAACAACCAUAUCAGAGGAAACAACAAUAAAAGUUGAGACAACAAAACCACCUAAAAUACUCACCACUGGCCCAGUCACAACUGCCACCACUGGUGUUGUUGAAACUACAACUUCAUUCCCAGGGGAAACAACCAAGAGUCAAGAAACAACAGUGGUUACAUCCAAACCCUCUAUUAUUACCACCACUACAAAACGACCAUCAAUAACGACAAAAGGAACUACCACCAAACCUGGAGAAACAACCAUAUCAGAGGAAACAACAAUACAGGUUGAGACAACAAAACCACCGAAAAUAGUCACCACUGGCCCAGUCACAACUGCCACCACUAGUGUUGUUGAAACUACAACUUCAUUCCCAGGGGAAACAACCAAGAGUCAAGAAACAACAGUGGUUACAUCCAAACCCUCUCUUGUUACCACCACUACAAAACGACCAUCAAUAACGACAAAAGGAACUACCACCAAACCUGAAGAAACAACCUCAUCAGAGGAAACAACAAUAAAAGUUGAGACAACAAAACCACCUAAAAUAGUCACCACUGGCCCAGUCACAACUGCCACCACUGGUGUUGUUGAAACUACAACUUCAUUCCCAGGGGAAACAACCAAGAGUCAAGAAACAACAGUGGUUACAUCCAAACCCUCUGUUCUUACCACCACUACAAAAGGACCAUCAAUAACAACAAAAGGAACUACCACCAAACCUGGAGAAACAACCAUAUCAGAGGAAACAACAAUAAAGGUUGAGACAACAAAACCACCUAAAAUAGUCACCACUGGCCCAGUCACAACAGCCACCACUGGUGUUGUUGAAACUACAACUUCAUUCCCAGGGGAAACAACCAAGAGUCAAGAAACAACAGUGGUUACAUCCAAGCCCUCUCUUGUUACCACCACUACAAAACGACCAUCAAUAACGACAAAAGGAACUACCACCAAACCUGGAGAAACAACCAUAUCAGAGGAAACAACAAUACAGGUUGAGACAACAAAACCACCUAAAAUAGUCAGCACUGGCCCAGUCACAACUGCCACCACUGGUGUUGUUGAAACUACAACUUCAUUCCCAGGGGAAACAACCAAGAGUCAAGAAACAACAGUGGUUACAUCCAAGCCCUCUCUUGUUACCACCACUAAAAAACGACCAUCAAUAACGACAAAAGGAACUACCACCAAACCUGGAGAAACAACCAUAUCAGAGGAAACAACAAUACAGGUUGAGACAACAAAACCACCUAAAAUAGUCAGCACUGGCCCAGUCACAACUGCCACCACUGGUGUUGAAACUACAACUUCAUUCCCAGGGAAAACAACCAAGAGUCAAGAAACAACAAUAGUUACAUCCAAACCCUCUAUUGUUACCACCACUACAAAACGACCAUCAAUAACGACAGAAGGAAUAACCACCAAACCUGGAGAAACAACCAUAUCAGAGGAAACAACAAUACAGGUUGAGACAACAAAAUCACCUAAAAUAGUCACCACUGGCCCAGUCACAACUGCCACCACUGGUGUUGUUGAAACUACAACUGCAUUCCCAGGGGAAACAACGGAGGGUGAAGAAUUAAUAGUGGUUACAACCAAACCCUCUCUUGUUACCACCACUACAAAACAACCAUCAAUAACGACAAAAGGAACUACCACCAAACAUGGAAAAACAACCAUUUCAGAGGAAACAACAAUAAAGGUUGAGACAACAAAACCUCCGAAAAUAGGAACCACUGGCCCAGUCACGACCGCCACCACUGCUAUUGUUGAAACUACAAUGGUGACAUCCAAACCCUCUCUUGUUACCACCACUACAAAACGACCAUCAAUAACGACAAAAGGAACUACCACUAAACCUGGAGAAACAACCAUAUCAGAGGAAACAACAAUAAAGGUUGAGACAACAAAACCACCUAAAAUAGUGACCACUGGCCCAGUCACAACAGCCACUACUGGUGUUGUUGAAACUAGCACUACAUCAAUUGGCCCAGUAACAGAAACACUUCCUGGCUAUACAACUGUUUAUAAUACUGGUUCAACCACAACACCCCUGCUCAGUACAACUACCACAUUAUGUGCCUGUAUUGUCAAUGGAACUUCCUAUCGUCCAGGGGACUUGGUGUACAAUGUCACUGAUGGCUUAGGGUGGUGUUUCCUUGCACAUUGCAGUGCAUCUUGUAAAGUUGAGAAACAGUCCACUCCGUGUCCCACAACACCGAUACCCAGCACAACUGUACAUUCUACAGUGAUCAUCACCACUACAAAAUCAACCUUUUCUACCACCACAAGUAUUCCUACUUCCACUCCAUUAACAACUACCCUGGACUGCAAUGAUGAGUAUCCACCAAGAAAGAAUGGAGAGUCCUGGACUGUUGACAACUGCACCACAGCUAUUUGCACUAAUGGCAAGGUCAUAAAGACACCUAAGCCCUGUCCCACAGCACAGCAACCCAUUUGUGCCAAUGGACGUAAAAUGAUGAAGGGCUAUGAUGAUAAUGGAUGUUGCCCCCACUAUGAAUGUGAAUGUGUGUGCAGUGUCUGGGGUGGAUCCACCUACAACACAUUUGAUGGAAAAUCAUACCGUUUCAACAAAGAGUGCUCUUACUACCUUGUCAAAGAGAUUAUUACCAAAUAUAACCUGACUAUUACAUUAAAUAAACAUGACUGUGAUCCUUCAGACAACACAUUCUGUACCCAGGCUCUCACUGUUACAUACCAGUCCUAUGAGGUAGUACUGACUCGGCGGUUGAAGACUUCAGGAACAGAAGCUAAUGCGGUUUAUGUGAAUCAGAAACGCAUCUAUCCAGCUUACAGCAAUUCUGUCAUGCACAUCAUUGGCACAGAUAUGAUAAUAUUAUUGAUUAUACCAGAGAUCAAGACAAUAGUGACCUAUAGGGGCUCCACAUUCAGCAUUGACAUUCCCAACUCUCUCUUUGGUGGGAACACUGAGGGACAGUGUGGAACCUGUGACAACUCCCAGAACAAUGACUGUCGUUCUCCCAACGGCCAGGUGGAAAAAUGCACAGAAUCUGCAGACCAGUGGCGUGUGCCAGAUAUACCCUGUGUCACCCCCACAACUCCACCUACGAUGACUACUACAAUGACACCCCAGACCGCCUCAACACCACCACAGUCAACAACCCAGUCUGUUUGCAAACCUGCCAUUUGUGAUCUCCUAACGAGCAGCGUAUUUGCUCCGUGCCACUCAGUCAUAGCCCCAGGACAAUUUGUGCAAUCCUGUGUGAAUGACAUUUGCAAUGGUGGCAAUGAUAGCUGUUCCAGCCUAGAGGCCUAUGCUUCUGAGUGCUCUAAUGCAGGAGUCUGUAUUGACUGGAGGAAUGACACCAAUGGGCAGUGCGAACACAAGUGUCCAAGUGGAAAAGUGUACAUGGCCUGUGGUCCUGCUGUAGAGCGUACGUGCAAUGAAAGAUACAACAAGAAGUUCGAUUUAUCCACUAACUACACUGAGGAGGGUUGCUUUUGUCCUGAAGGCACCACCUUAUUCAACACAGUCUAUGAAACAUGUGUUAAAUCCUGUGAUUGUGUUGGACCUAAUGGACAACCCAAACAGCCUGGUGAAACAUGGACAAGUGACUGCAGCAACUGUGUGUGUGACAAGGAUUCAAUGAGUGUCCAGUGCCAGCCUAUUGAGUGCCCAUCAGUACAGAGUCCCAACUGCAGCGAGCCUGGCCAGCAGCUGGUCAACAAAACAGACGGCUGCUGCACAACGCAGUCAUGUGAAUGCAACACCAACCUGUGUCCCACUCCUCCCACUUGCAAACUGGGAUUCUAUCUCACUGUCACUAACGACACCUGCUGCCAAUCCUACAAGUGUGAACCUAAAGGUGUAUGUGUCCAUGACAUGACUGAGUACAAACCUGGUGAAAAAAUACCCACCACACCACAAACAACAUCAGAACCACCAACAGAAGCACCAUCAGUAACAAGAUCGACACAAUCGUCUAGAACAACAGCAUCACCAUCAGGAUCAGGACAAACAUCUGGAACAACAAUGCAACCUUUCAAGCCUGGCCCCUGUCAGGAGUGUUAUUGUGGCCCCAAAAUGGAUCCCAUCACCAAGCUAAACAUCAUUAACUGCAAACCCGUUGUCUGCAAAACAGACUGCUCUGAAGGUUAUGAAUAUCAGACUGUACCUGGAAAGUGCUGUGGGAAGUGUGUUCAGAAGAGCUGUAUUUUCACCACACCUGACAACACAACGCAAAUCAUUGAGGUGAAUGACACUUUUGUACCCCCCAAUAACAAGUGUGUGAAAUAUACAUGUGAGAAGAUCAAUGGACAGCUUGUUACCAAGGAGACCGAGACCACCUGUCCUCACUUUAAUCCCUUGGACUGUGAACCCGGCACCGAGACAACUGACGCCAAUGGAUGCUGCAAAACCUGUAAGUUACGCAGUGUCUGUGAGGUCCAGAGUAAUGAGACAGUCAUCGAGGUGAAUGGCUGUAAGAGCGUGCAGCCAGUCAACAUGACAUCCUGUGCUGGACACUGUGGAAGCUCAUCUAUAUAUUCUGCAGCGGCUAAUAAGAUGAUGCACCAGUGUGAGUGUUGCCAAGAGGCCACCACCAGUCAGAAGCAAGUGGAGCUGACCUGUGCUGACAACUCCAAAGUCCAGCACACCUACACUGUCGUGGAAACGUGCAGCUGCAGAAAAACAGAGUGUGUGGAGGGGACCACAGCCAAACUACAGCGCCGCCGGAGACGCUGA